AUGAGUGAAAGUAAAGGAAUUACAGAAAAAGACCUCGUAAACUCAAUAAAAAACAUUUUAAGGAAAAGCGGACACCUGAAUAAAUUUCAGGCGGAGAUGAGAGCGAAAGUGACAGAAAUACUCCAAGAUAGACAAGUGUCCCUUAACCCAGGCUACAAAAACACUGGAGCCCCCAAGCCUAGUAGCGAAGUGCUACUAAUCAACGAACUCAUUAGAGAAUACUUGGAAUGGAAUGGAUAUCUAUACACGGCAUCUGUGAUGUCUUCUGAAGCUGGUAUGACGAAGACAAAGAGAACCAGGGGCGAGCUAUGCGCUGAGGUUGGUGUAAAAGAUGAUGAGAAGUCUUCUACCUUGCCGCUUCUGUCGAACAUUAUAGCCGCGUACUCGGAUCGAAUAAAACGCAAGAUUAAUAAAGUGAAGAGAGAUGUACAAUAG